GUCCGAGAUGCAAUCGCAGCUAGCGUCGCGACUCAAGCCUGCUCCCCGGACUUAUGCAGUUAGGAGGCGAGCCAAGAGGACUCUUCUUGACGAUCUUCCUUUUGACCGUCCUGCCUCCCUCCUUCGCGUUCCAUCGGAUCAAGGGACGCGCGGGCUUUCAGGGGAAACGCGUAGAAACGAUGCUCUAACUGAUUCUCUCCCAACCCAGCGCGGAUCCUUGAGAUCGCAAUGUGCAUCUCCCGAAAUCAUAAACCCAUCGGGGUUUGCUUCCCACUCAUCCUCCGCGCAAUCAAGCUCGGAAACGCUCAUACAAAAUCAUUCUCCUCAGCCCCUCUCCCCGCGUCUUGCGUCUCCUUUUAGGGCGAUUAAAGAAACUCGCACGCCCUCUGGCCGUCUGCCAACUCCUAGUCUCGGAGCUUUUAGAGUGGAAUGUAGACAUUCAUCUGCCGGAAUUUUGCAGAAAAGGAGGCUGCGGGCCUUACCUCAACGGCGGCAAACAUCAAGUACUACGGAAGGCACUUCGAGUCGUCGCAGGUCUAAAUCUUGGCUGAAAGUGCCACGAUCUUCCUCUAUACUUAGGUCCAUCGCUUUGAACUCCUCUGCUACAAGGUCUAAGUCUAAUACUGCCGCUGAGGUCUCGGAUGAGCAGGAGGGAACGUCCCUGCCUAGUUUCUCUUUCGAUGCACCCCAAGCUUUCUCAACUCCCCGCAAUAAAAGCUCCGCUUCUGUCCACCUUAACUACUUUUACCGUCGCUUCGAUCAGAAUUUUACAGUCAAGCCCUGCAGCCCGACUCAUGCUAUGUAUGAGUACAGUCCACCAACUACCAUGAACCCGGCGGAUCUCUUUGGACCUAUUAUUCCACGGCCCCCACGUUUCAGCGGCGCUGUUCCAAAGAAUUCCCGCUCGAAAACGAAGAGGAUUUGCCACUAUAAACUUGACUUUUUGCCGUCUCAAAGUGCUGAUGUUGUUACUGGCCACUCGCUUGCUCGUGACACGAUGGCUGCGACGGCGUUUCCUCCCAUGACUGAUGAAAAAAUGGGCCAUGCUGACUGUUAUGAAAAUAAUGUGCACCAGGCCGAUGAAAUCCCUCCAACAAUCUCGGCAGAAGUUGACAAGGAAGUGAUCGCCUACCCAUAUGCGUCGCAUGACACCAACCUGUUGAAUAUGUUCUCCGCUUUUGACUUGGAUUCUGGUACUACGGAUUAUAUCGUCACAUCACCCAAAGUCGAGUCGCUCGAUCGUCAUGAUGCAUGUAAACCGCACAAGCCAACCCCCUCUGGGGCUCUGUCUGGCGAUGGAGCCGCGAAUCAACACUGCCACUUAUCUAACGAGCAUUGUCGGCUGCUUCAAAGCCCUCCUGAACACACUGGCUCACAGAGCAAGGUAAUCCUCGACUCGUUCCAAGAAAGCCAAGGAAUUACUCCCCAUCGACCUUCCCCAUGCACCCCACCGAACUGCAAGGAAUCUAAUCCCGACGACGGAGGAAUUAUAGCCAUUCUUCUUUCCCCAAGACGGAGGGCAGGCGUGCAACUACUGGACGGGACUGCGAAAAGGGUGACAACGGGACGAAGGAGAAAAAUAAUAUUGAACGCAAAAGAGGUCAGCGACUUGGGGGGAAGAGGAAGAGGGUGCUGGAGGAAGGGGAGCCGGACGAAUUGCUCCUUGUACCAGGUCAAUCGAAAAGAUCCGCACCUCACCAUGCGGAUCCUGGCGAUUCUUUAGGUAUUACUAAUAAACCUGACUGAGUGUAUGUGUUUCCCACCCAAUAUCAAUGCUCUUUAUCACGACUUCUGGUGCUGUUAUCCAAGUGAACCCUGCAAUGAACAACCACACCAAAGUACUCAUCCCCGAGUUGACGACUUCCCUAUUGCCCCUGAAUGUUUC